AUGAAAGAGGCACUUCCUGUGGCUACAGUUCCAGUUCAGACGGGAAUCGGCCUGGAAUGGAUUCUAGACUUCGAAAACGAGUUUAAUGAUGGAUUGGAUCAUACCCCAAGAGUAAUCGAUGGAAAUCAGUUUCCAUCAUACAUAGGUUCAGCUCUCCACGGUCCGAAAGUAUUUCAUCAUCUGAUUUUUCCAAAUGAUGAGCACUUUGAAACAAUGCGAAAAAUGGCGGAACAUGUCUCAAAAAUAUUCAGAACACCGAUAGCAAGUUUUGGAAUACAUCAACAGAGCGAUCCAUCGACAAUGUCAAUUGUAAAAUGGUUCUGUACAUUACAAUCAUCAGUUGUGGAUGUUCAUAUCAACAAUGAGGUAUCAACUUCUGUCCCAACAUUGUUGUUUAUUCUGGAUAAUAUAAAAAUGACCGACCACUUUUGUUUGAAUUUGGAAGUGAGUACCCCAGAUUUUGAAUAUCACAAAGCAAUCGACAUUCCCACGCUGAUAUUAUCUCAUUCUCAUUGGAUAACACUGAAAUAUAUACUGAAUUCAAGAAGUCGAGUGCUCAUUUUGGAUGAAUCCAAUUUGACUCUUCACGAUAUCAAUACUCUGUUGAAAUGUUGGCUGAAAAGAUCUAAUCCACAACUUGAGUACAUUUCUAUUCGACGAUCAAUAAAGAAAAUAGAAGAGAACGCCUUUCGGAUAAUAACAAAGGAUCUUGAGGUUAGGGAACAUGUGGAGGAUGGAAAGAGACCAAUGCAAAUAGUGUUCCAUCGAAAGGUGACAUAUCCACUUUCCAAUGUGCUAUGUUAUGAUAUAGUAAGAGAUGAUGGAACCAUUGGAACAUUUCAUCAAACUUACUUUUCUCGUUCGGAUGACUCCAAUUCCGAUGAACAUAGUAAGCUUCACUAUUUCUAUUUGCAUGUCUGGAAUAAAAAUAUGUAA